ACCUGCGGGGUCUAAAUAUCACAUCUUAUUCGCCGCAGUUUGAAGAUUUUUUAUAAUAGAAUCUUGAUAACAAACAAAGCUGACAUAACAAGGAAACUGUUAUUACAAACUACAAAAGAUAUUGUUUUCAUCAUACUACAUGCAAACUCAACGUACGGUUAACAGCUAACAUGUGUUCAUUUUCAUAAAAACAAGCUAACUUAAUGCAACUCUGAUAAGGGGCCGAACGGGGAAUAUUUUUUAGAAUUUAAGGAACGGCUCCGUUUAAAAAGUCAGAGGUAAAUAAUUGAAAUAGUGUGAAUGUGUACACGUGGUUCUUGUGGUAGAACAAUUUUUUUUAUAUUGUUAAAGUAUGAUUACAAAUAAUGACAUUGCUGUAGAAGUGUUUUUCGGUAAAAUCCUCCACUGAAACAAAAUUAAACGAUAACCUUUACAGAUGUUUAAUAUUUUUGUCACUGACUGUGUAGAGCUGUGAGUAUUAAAUCGUGAAGGAACUACUAUACAUUUGUGCAUAAAUAGGUAAAUCAUAGGCAUAAAUUACUUAGUCAAAGUAAAGUGAUGUUUAUUUGAAAUGAUAAAUACAUGACUAUGACUUUUGCAAGGUACAAAUAUCCUAAAUAUUAAUUCAUGAGCUGUUUUUAUCAGUAAAGUUCACUUAAGGUAGUUUUGUGCACGUUUGAUGAACCGGAAGUGAAGGCUUAACGUCAUUUAUCCGGAUAACGUUAGGAUAAAGCCUGGAUUCGACGUACGGAAAUGAAAAUCAUUUUAUGAAUUAAUGGCAACCGGUUUCUUCCAGCGGCUUAACGGUACAUUGUUUGAAGGAUUUGGCAAGAGACAAACAGAACACACAACAAUUUUGUCAAGAAGACGUCAUAGUUUUGCGCUCACGACUUUACAACAGCCAGUAAACAAGAUGGAUCCAAUGUCCGUCAAACGAAAUCCAGGACGAAGAGUAAGCUUUGGACCUGACUGCGAGCCUGCCAUGCCAGGAAAAAUCUCAAGACAUUAUUCCAUAGCAGAAGACAACACGGCUCUAAAUAUAGAGAGUGAUGCUGAUAACGAUUUUUCAAAAAUGCAGAAGAGUAAAUCAGAUCAAGAAUUCUGUUUAAUUCCUACAGUCAUAAUUGAAAACGACAAAAGUCAUGACAAUGCUACCUUUAAAUCUGACGAGGUUAGUCAUAAUGACUGCUUUGUUUCCGCAUUUGGCAAGAAAGGGAAAAACAUAGGAGAAUAUGAGGAUGCUAAGAAUGUCACGUGCUUGUCACGCGGACGGAUUCUCAUUACAGAUCUCGUCAACAGUCGUCUGCAGAUUUGCAGUGGAAUAUCAAGAACUAUUACCGUGUUUUCACCACAAGAGAUAAAUCUACCAUGGGCUACAACAGUCACAAAGGAUAACUAUAUUGCCGUGUCGUUGUGCAAAGAUCGUUGUGUGAAAGUUUUAAACAUGGACGGUGACGUCAUGAACUCUUUUGGAGAAGACUAUUUUGUGAGGCCAACAGGACUUGCUACUGAUAAAAAAGGAAACUUUAUCGUUUGUGAUUUUUCGACAGACAAGGUGUUGAUGUUCGACAGUGAGGGAAAAUUCAUUUGCUACCUUGGAAAUUCUGACAAUGAAGAAGAGUGCUUCAGUAAACCAUCCUAUGUCUGUGUGUCAAUCACAGGCGAUAUAAUUGUUUCGGACAGCGGCCAUCAUAAAAUAAAAAUAUUUGACUCUCAGGGAAAAUUUAUAAGGUCUGUUGGAUGUUUUGGGAGAGGUAAGAAGCAGUUUAAAUCACCUUACGGCGUAACCACAAACAAAUGCGGAGACAUUUUCGUUGCCGAUCAUUACAAUAACCGCAUUUCCAUGUUUACUCGGGAUGGUGUAUUUGUCCGCCAUCUUGUGACGUCAGAGCACGGACUUGUUCACCCACAAGGCCUUACUAUAAGUGAAGAUCUUCAUCUGUACAUUACACAUGGACAUCUGAAAGCAUGUGAAAUAUUAGUGUUCAAACUGACAAAUGACAUUGAUUACACAAAUUCAGAUAUUAUUUCUUACGUAUGAUUACUUUUGUGCAAUGUUUAUUAUUCUAAAUUUUAGCUGAUAAUGCUAAAGAUAGGAAGACAUGCACAAAAUAUGCAUUUAAUAUAUGUGCAAACUUUGCCCAUAUGUGGUACUGUUAUUUUUAAUUAGCCUCAGUAUAUUUUUUUUGAAUAUGUCGUUAUUUUUAUUAACAUUUUAAACAAUAUAGACAAUGCUGCAAGUGUAAAAUCAACGUAAUACUCAUUAUUUAUGUAGAACUGUCUAGAUAGACGUGUUAUAUAAUUUUCUAUUGUCAAGACUUUAUUUAAACAAGAGCUGUUUGUAAAACAAGUAUGUUUCCUAUAAUGGGUUGUCCCGAUCACUAUUACCUUGACCUUUGACCUUCUAAUCCCAAAACAAUAGGGUUCAUCUACAUUUAAAGUCCGAUUAUGGUAUAAAGUUUGAAGGUUCUAGUUUAAGUGGUGCAAAAAUAGUUUUCUAUAUUCAGAUCCCCGUGACAAUGAACUUUGAUCUACUGAUUCCAGAAGGGGAUCAUCUACUUCAUAAGGCCGGUCAUGCUGUCACGUUUGAAGGUUCAGUGUCAAGUGGUUCUGAAAUUAUCGAGCGGAAACCGUUUUCAAGGUUGAGGCUCCUGUGACCUUGGCCUUUCACUUACUGACCCAAAAGCAACUGGGAUCAUUUACUGCAUAAGCUCAAUCAUGCUAUCAAAUUCGAAGAUUCUGGGCCAAGUGGUUAUUGAGCGGAAUUCAGGGUUUUGUGUUUUUCUCAUUUUUAACAUUCAAUAUCGAUUUCGUUUUACAUUUACAACAAUCGGAUGCACCUUGUUAAUAGACUUUCCUUAAUAUAAUAUGAUCAGUUCUUAUUAAUUUGCACCAAUAUUUCAUUAUUCUCACACAUAUAUUAAGUUAUAGACGGUGCCUACCUAACUCACCAUAAACACGAAAAAACUCCCUGUAUACCAAGAUAAUUAUAACUUCUAUAGGCUGGCCAUUGUAAACCAUCCUUCUCUAGUAUUUCCAUUUUUUUCUAAAGUCAGCACUAUAUGCAGUAUGUUUGUAAUUAAUCAAGGCUAUUCUGCAAAUCUUCCCGUGUUUUACCCAUAAUUGCCGUAUCAUCAGCAAAAAAUAAUGAGAUUAAUCAAUAAAUCAGAACUUAAAUUGUCUUGUAAGUGCAAUUUAAGGUCUACAAAGACAGAAAACAGUAUAUGUGAAAUUACCUCCCCUUCUGUUCUGUAUUUAGUAUGCAUGUCUUGGCCUGCCAAAGUGUAGCACUGUUGCUUACAUAAAAGCGCGGUAAUGUGUUGCAAACACUAAGUGUGAUGUUACAGAAACACAUUAGCGUAAACAAGCAGCUAUAAAAAGUUGAGUUUCGAAGUAAAACGAUCGGUCCUUUGGAUAGGUUUCAACUGUGUGUAAUAACUUUAAUAGGAUGCAUCUAAACUUGUCCAUCCGUUCAUCUCAACCUUUAAGAAAUACAUAUUUUAUUAUUUAUUGUAUGUCUGUGCCGAUGUUAAAGGGACUAACCUACACAUUUCAGGCGAAAAUUAAUGUCUUUCAAAACCCAUAAAAAGCGAGUACUUUGAAAGUGACUAGUGGUACAAACUUAUUGACAAAAGAUUUUUGCAAGUUAUUCUUAUAAAUAACCAAAAAUAUUAUACAGAAGGUAGUAAACCGUCGCAACGCUUUUGAAACAAUGCAGAAAAUUUACAUUCUUUUUGCAUUUUUACCAAUAUCUAACUUUUAUUUUCACCCACUUUAUCACUUUAGUGUCAUACAUACAUUCUUUGCCAAACUUGGUGGAAAUGAACGUGUUGAAAAAAUUUCACUCAAACUGUGUGCGAGAAGCUUUAAAUUCAUAUUUGCUGUACCGUAUAGUGUAGUUCAUUUUUACGAAUAUUUCAGCAACCGAUAGAGGUCAAAUGGAAGCAACUCACAAGUCUCCUGAUUGGUUAAAAAAGUAGAUGGUAUUCCGCAUGUAAAGUGAUCAAAUACGUUGUCACAAUGUGUGUGUUUGAAAACUAUCUUACUUCAUAAACUAAAACUCUACGUCAUGAUUACUGGCUUAAAUUAUAUGGAAUGAUGCAUUUUGUAUGAGAAAAAUGCAUGUUUUACCAAUAGAGCAUUUUCAUGAAAAAUAAAACAAAUUACCGCGGCCUAUGGGUAACCGAGUUCAAAGAGAAAAAAGUGCCCAAAAGAAACGGUCAACAUAUAUAUUUCCUGCGGUUUUUCGAUAUCUCUUGGGUAGUUCUUUAAUUCCGAGUAGGUGGCAUCAAAAGUUUAAAUGUAAGGAAAGGCCCAUGACCGGAAACAUUACAAAGUGGGCCUAUAUAAACUGAUUAUUUCCUUUGACCUAGAUUGCUUCGUCAAUGUUACUGUACGCAUUAUAAUCUGACGUUGACGCCUUUAUAGUAUAGGUAUUUUUUAUAGUGGCAUAUUUCUGCUACGAGAUAGCUAAAAGAAACUAUCGCAAUUAUAUUGUAAAUUUCACAGAAAAUGUGUGUAUUUUUUUCUGAAAACACUUCAGGACUAAAUAAUAUUUUCUUGAUAUAUUUAUUUCUCCUGAAAAUGUAUUAGCGCAAAAUUUCGCGUUGAUGCUUGAAACUGACACGAGAUGCUUGGUAGCUUUCAUGAUAAUAUUCUUUUUCAGCUCACCUGACAGCUUUUGUGAUCGCCCUUCGUCCGUCGUCCGUCCGUCCGUUCACAGUUUCUUGUGAACAAGAUAGAGACCACAUUUUGCAACUGAUUUUAAUCAAACUUGCACACAACUUGUAGUGGCGUAAUAAAUUGUUUCCUUUCGAAAACCGGUCAGAUCCCUUUAUGGGUUCCAAAGUUAUGCCCCUUAAAGGGCUAAAUUUGCUAUUUUUGGCUUGUGAACACGAUAGAGACCACGUUUUACAAUUGAUUCUAAUAAAACUUGUAUACAACUUAUAUUGGCAUAAUAUCUCAUUUCCUUUCGAAAACUGGCCAGAGACCGUCAUGGGUUCAAGAGUUUAGGCCCCUUAAAGGACCAAAAUUUGCUAUUUUGGCUUUUGCAGCCAUAUAGAGACUCCAUUUAUGGUUGUAUUUGAUACAAACUUGCAAGAUAUCUUUAACAACAUUAAUAUUGGAUCCCAUGAUGAAUCCAUCAGAUCCAAUCAUAAAUUCCGGAGUUAUGACCCCUAACUGACCCCUGAAAGAGCCAAAAUUUGUUAAUUUUUACCUUGUGAACACGAUAGAAGUGACAUUUUACUUUGAUUUUAACCACACUUACACACAACUUAAGUCAUAAAAAGAUCUCGGUUCUUUUCGAAAACCGGCUAGAUUCCAUCAUGAGUUCUAGAAUUACUGCCCCUGAAAGGGCUAAAUUUUCUAUUUUGGCACUUUCAGCCAUAUGUAGGUUUCAUUUAUGCUUUGGUUUGAUACAAACUUGCAUAGAAUGUUUAUAUUGAUGAUCUCUAGGUCAAGUUCGCAGCUGGGUCAUAUGGGUUCAAAAACUACGUCUAGGUCAAAUCAAAAGAAAAGCUUGUUAACACCCUAGAGGCCACACUGAUGACUCUAUCUUCAUGAAUCUUAAUAGUCAGAAUAUUUAUCUUGAUGAUUCAUAUGCCAAGUUUAAAACUGGGUCAUAUAGGGUAAAAACUAGGUCACCUGGUCAAGUCAAAAGAAAAGCUUGUUAACACUAUUAAAGCCACAUUUAUAACCCCAUCUUAAUGAAACUUGGUAAGAAUUAAACUGGGUCAUAUGGGGUCAAAAACUAGGUCACCACUCAAAUCCAAAGGAAAGCUUGUAAACACUCUUGUUGCAAUAUCUAUGACCCUAUCUUCUUGAAACUUGGUCAGAAUGUUCUAGGCCAAGUUUAAAACUACGUCAUGUGGGGUCAAACACAAGGGCACCUGCUCAAAUCAAAGUAAAAGCUUGUUAUCACUCUAGAGGCCAUGUUUAUGACCCUAUCUUCUAGAAACUUGAUCAGAAUGUUUAUCUUGAUGAUUCCAAGGCCAAGUUUAACAGGUGAGCGAUAUAGGGUCAUCAUGACCCUCUUCUUUAAUUUAUCGCGAUAGCUACCUAGCUAUUUCGAAGCAGAAAUAUGCCACCGUAGUUUUUAUAUUCAUUUUAUAAGAUUUUCUAUUAGCGUUUAAUGCAGAAGGUAAAAAACUGUUGCUUUAAAUACAUUCUUGGUGGAGACACGUUAGAUUUUUGUCGAAAAUUAAGACAUAUUGCUUGUAAAACAUUUUAUUUUUCACGAGCAUUACUUUUAAAUUAUACUUUGUAAAUAUGUAAUACAAGAUUAAAAACAG